AUGCCCGUGCGCGGCUACCACCGCAUCGCGGUCUUGCACUGCCCUUCCUGCGCCGUCGUGAGCUUUCCGCACUGCACCAACUGCAAGAGUCUUUGUACCGGCAACGAUGGGGUCUGUGCGAGCUGUGACGCGCCGCCGUCGAUGGCGUGUGCCACCUCGAGUUGCGAGGCCAACGAGAUGACGCUUUCGUUCUGGAUUUUGAGCAACGACGAAGUGGCGUACUUGGCGCGUGCGUACCCGCGGCAGAAGGCGAGCGUCCGCCACCCCGUGCUCAAGUGCAGCCACUGCCACACGGUGAGCUUCCCGGGCACCGACUCUGGCAUCGUCGUCCUCAACGGCGACCGCAUGGUGUCGCGGUCGGGCCGCCGGAUGUACGAGCGCGACUACCGCGCCGUCACCAAGCACGUGUCGGCGCUCUGCGAAGGCACGCCGCUCAAGCAGAUCAACGUACAACUGGACAAGUCGGCGGUCGAUGUCCUCGUCGCCCUUGGUCCGACGACGCCCGAAGUGCUCGACACGCAAGUCGACGGCCUCGGCAUUGACGCGUCGUUCAACGCAGAUGUGUCCAUGGUACAUGCGCCGCAAGGUCUGUACCCGGCGCCGCUGCCGUCCAGUGACGAGCACAAGGCGACCGUCCUUGGCUGGUUUACGUUUUUGGGCAAGCUCGUGGCGCAGGCCCUCUUGGACGAACGGCUGCUCGACCUGCCGCUGGCACGACCUUUUGUGCAAGCGCUACUUGGUGAGUCGCUCGUGGGCGAUAUCGACGCGGCGCUGGGCCAUGCCCGGGCGGUGGACCCUGCGAUUGGCGCGUCGCUGGACUAUCUGCACACCCACCGCGACGACCCAGCGAUCGACGAGAUGGGCCUGAGCUUUGUGCUACUCGGUAACGCCGACGUGGAGCUAUGCGAAGGCGGCGCCGCCGUGGCGGUGACCCGGGGCAAUGUGGCCGAGUUUGUGCGCCGAAGCCUCGAGAUGCUUCUGGAAUCGUCGAUCCACGACCAAGUCGCGGCCUUCCGCGCGGGCUUUGGCAGUCUCGUGCCAAUGGACGCGCUCUACUGCUUGUCGGCCGACGAUUGGCUCGCGCUCCUCUCGGACCCGACGACGGAGCUCUGGCCCGGCGGCGCCGACGAGCUCCAAGCGCACAUGGUGUGCGACCACGGCUACACUAGCGAGAGCCGAGCCAUCCGCUGGCUCGUCCAAGUGCUCACGGAGCUGACGCCGGACGACCAGCGGCUCUUUGUGCGCUUCGUCACGGGGUCGCAUCGCCUGCCGCUCGGUGGGCUUGGAAAGCUCUCGCCGACGCUGACGGUCGUGCGCAAGCUGAGCCCGGACGAGUCGUCUUCGAGCGACGAGAUGCUGCCGUCGGCCUCGACGUGCACCAACUACCUCAAGCUACCCGACUACAGCUCGAUCGACAUUUUGCGCUCCAAACUUCUGUACUGCAUCCGCGAAGGCCAGCUGAGCUUCCACCUCUCCUAG